AUGAGAGUGACCAAGACCAAAAUGGACAAAGAACAAAAAACAGACAUUAAGAAACGCUUACGGUCAAAAAAGAAAGAGAUGGUAACAAGUGCCAUCUACAGCUCGGAUUUCUCUACAGACGAUAUUAGAAUGGUACUUAAAGAAAUAAAACUGAAUAAAGCAGCUGGGUUUGAUGGUAUAUAUUCGGAAUUUUUUAAGCAUAGUGGCCAUAAAACGCAAGCAUGGCUAGCUGUUUUUUGUAGUGACAUCUUGGACACGGCGACUUUGCCGAAGUUGUUCAAAAAGACUAAAAUCAUUGCAAUCCUUAAGCCAGGGAAACUGGGUACUAAUGCAACACACUAUCGUCCGAUCUCGCUACUAAGUAUUACAUAUAAAAUUCUUGAGAGACUGAUUCUUAACCGAAUCCAGCCAGAAAUUGAAAAAAUAUUACCAGUAGAACAGGCAGGAUUCCGGACAAACCGUAGUUGUCCUGAACAAGUCCUUGCGCUAACUACCCUGAUUGAAAAACGUUUUCAAAACAAUCUAAAAACAAAUGUAGCAUUCAUUGACCUUCCAGCAGCGUAUGACACGGUGUGGAGACAUGGACUGUUAUACAAGCUGGCUAACGUAAUUCCCUGCAAAAAGAUAUUGACACUCGUAAAAACAUGUUAA